AUGCCCCCUAGGCCCCCCCCAAUCGCAAUCGAGGACAAGCCGGUCAGGGCUGAUGACAGCACCGACGAUAUUGAAGUCAGUGUUGCCCUCUCUACCGCCUUGCUCCUUCCCGAAGAUCUCAAUCGUAACGCCAAGAUGAGCGAAUACGAAAAUUUUGCUUUGAUGUUGCAGCGCUCCGCGAUCCAGCAUAGCCACUCCUUCGCGAUGCAAGCCUUUGCCAUCAAGAGGGAGUUGGCCAAUAAGACCAGGGAGGCUGCCAAUUUGUCCAAGUCCCUUAGUAAGGCCAAGGGCAAAAUAAAGGCCUUGGUAGAUCGGGCUGAGGCAGCCAAGAAAGCUCAGGAUGAGGCCGAGGAAAAGGCUGAUGCGGCAGAGGCCAUUGCCAAGGUCUUUGCGGCCGAAAAGAAAGAGGCCAAAGCAAAGAUGGUCGAGGCCCAAAAAGAGCUUCAAGAUGCCCUGGCCACAAAAGAGGCCGAGAUAAAAGCGGCUGAUGAGAAGGCGUACGCCGAGGGGGCAGCCGACGUCAAUAAAGAUUAUAAGAAACAAGUGAAGCAUGCAUGCAACAAGGGCUAUACCCUUGGUUGGAUAGCUGCUCUGAAGGCGUUGGCUGUCCCCGAGGACUCGUCUCUCCGAGAAAAUAGCUGCAUUGUCCUGUCAUUCCCCUUAACUCCAAGCCAAUUCGAGGUCGAGGCUGAGUCCGAGGAGGAAGCUGAGGCCGAGAAGGAAAAAGAAGAUGCUGAGGCUAAGUUCCCUACUUUGACUGAGCAAGUUGUGGACUUGUCUCAGGAUGAUGGGGAUGAGGUCUCCAAAGAUACAACCCUUGAGACGACAACAUCUGACGCGCUUAUCGCCGAGAAAAGUCUCGACCAGACUCUUAAAGAUAUCGACGUCGAGCUUGCUUCUGAGAAGGCCGCCGAGAAGAGUUCCCAAAUGUCCUCUGAGCCCCAAACCCAACCAGCUAAUGACGCCGAAUAG